AUGAAGACAACCCAGCUCAUCCCAUCCCUCCUCCUUUCCCUCGUCCCCACCCUUACCCUCGCCGAUAGUGUUCCCUCAGGCGCCGAGCUCUGCGUAGGCCAAGGUGCCGGCAGCUGCCAGUUCGCUGCAUACCAGCUCCAACCUACCGACACGUGCGAAGACCUUCAAAAGAACGCCGCCUAUAUCUACGACCACGAAUGCAACCUCAUCGGCCACACGGAGAACUUCGUGGAAGGAGACGCCAUUGACUCGCAGCUGCCGUAUACUGUCGAUGUCAAGAACAUUGUUGGCGGUCCGUCAUGUGCGAUCAAGUACGAGAUUGCCUACAGUGAUGGGCUGUAUGGAUAUGGAAUGCCCUCUGGCGGUGUUUGGGGCAGUUGUUCUGAGAGUGGCCACCAGUGCAACUGGUACCGGGUGGCGUUUGAUUGCCCUGGAUUCUAGAGGAAUUUGGGUUUGAUCUCGUGGGGUGAAAUAGCG